UUUGUCUGUGGUCAAGUACAAGAAUCGUAACGAGACAAAAUACUUGAGGAACGAUGAAAUUAAUCUAUUUUUAAUUAACUAAUGCAUUUUCUUCAUUUCAUACUUAGAUUUUUACAAGAAACAGGAAAUCUUAGAAGACUUUUCUGAGGUUUAUUUAAUUUAUACUGUUCUGUUUGCAAAUUAUUUUCAUCAUACCGCUAACACUAAGCAUUACUUUUGGCUUGUGGAGUCCCACAAUGGCAGAUCAGACUUCAGUUCUCGCCCUGGUAAUACUGACAGUGGGUAUUACAGUACAUUUUUCCUUACACAAAGUUGAAGAGGGACAUCUUGGAGUUUAUUAUAGGGGUGGAGCUUUGCUGCCAGUAACAAGUCAACCUGGAUUCCAUAUGAUGAUACCUCUUCUUACUUCUUAUAAAGCUAUUCAGACCACUCUACAAACAGAUGAAGUUAAAAAUGUACCCUGUGGGACAAGUGGAGGUGUUAUGAUUUAUUUUGAAAGAAUUGAAGUUGUCAAUAAAUUAGAACCAAAUAGUGUAUUGGAUGUGGUUCGUAAUUUCACCGCAGAUUAUGAUAAGACAUUAAUAUUCAACAAAGUGCAUCAUGAAUUAAAUCAGUUCUGCAGUGCACACUCCCUGCAUGAAGUAUAUAUUGAUCUGUUUGAUCAAAUUGAUGAAAAUUUGAGAACAGCACUCCAAAAAGAUCUAAAUGAAAUGGCACCAGGUUUGAGAGUACAGGCAGUGAGGGUGACAAAACCAAAGAUACCAGAAGCAAUAAGGAAGAAUUAUGAACUUAUGGAGUCUGAAAAGUCUAAACUUCUCAUAGCUGCUCAGCAUCAAAAGGUAGUAGAAAAGGAAGCAGAAACAGCACGUCGAAAGGCAGUGAUUGAAGCAGAAAAGGAGGCACAAGUUGCGAAAAUUCAAUAUGAACAGAAAAUCAUGGAAAAAGAAUCAUUACAGAAAAUAGAGUUGAUCGAAGACAACAUUCACAGAGCGAAACAACAAACAAAAGCUGAGGCAGACUUUUAUCAUCAGAAAAAACAAGCAGAAGCAAAUAAAUUACUGUUGACAAAAGAAUAUUUAGAACUUAAGAAAUAUGAAGCACUUGCAAAAAAUAACAAAAUAUACUUCGGCAGUGAUAUCCCUAAUAUGUUCUUGCAAGCAAAUAUUGGUGAUAAUAUACUCAAAAAUGUUGAAGUUGAAUAGGCACUAUAUACUUUGUGAAAACAAUUACUAGUCAUUGAGUGAAAUGAGUGUGGGAUAGGUUAGUGGGGCUUUUGUAAAGUUUUAAUAAAAAAUCAACAUUC